AUGACGGAUUUGGGAGAAAUGAUGUAUUUUCUGGGAAUGGAAAUCAAGCAAGAGCAAAAUGAAGUGUUCAUAUGUCAAAAGAAGUAUAUAAAAGACAUUUUGACAAAGUUUAGAAUGGAAAAUUGUGAAGAGACAACUACUCCAGUGUGUCAGAAGGAGAAGUUGAGUAAGAAUGAUGAAGCUGAAAAAGUGGAUGAGACUCUUUACAGGAGAUUGGUUGGCUGUCUCAUGUAUCUUACUGCAACUAGACCCGACAUUUUAUAUGAUAUUCAGGCGUUCUCUCUCAGACUCGUAGCUAGACAGGUUGCCACUUUCCAGUCAACACUUGGUGAGUCCUUCUCAUUCAGAGACUUCAAAAAGUAG